GCCGUCGUUGUCCCUUCCACUGAGACAUCGGAGGGAUGCGGUUCCCGUUGAGACUUCUCAUGAGCCGAUGGUGGAUAUAUGACGGUCGUUGGGACCUCGAGACAUUCAAAUCUCGCGCCUACGAGGCGGUAUUCGAGAGAUUAAGUGAGGUCAAUCGACGAAAUAAGGACGACCCUGCUCUUCGCGAAUACGGGGACACGUUGUUCGAGUUCUUGCAGUCAAAUAAAUGGCUGGAAGUGUCCUCCGCGUUCUACGCCCUUCCGUCAAGCCCGUCAAUUAAGCAAGUGAGUUGGGAGUUGCCUGGGGUCACCCCGCCGGCAGGAGUUGUGAAGCGCAAGUCUCGCGGAAAGGACGCCGACGGGGAUGGUGAAGGUGGCGGGCAACGAGGUACCGGAGGUGGAAGUGAACAGCGUUCGACGAAACAGCGGUCUCCGGGGCACGCAGGCGGCGGAGAGGGGAAAAAGGGCAGCCGGGAGAAGAAGAAGCCUCGCAGCGGAGAGAAGACAAAGCAUCACAGAGGAGACGGGCAGGGGGCCGAUGUCGACCGCGACGAGGAUGGUGGGGUUCUGGCGGUAACAGGCAACACCUCAAUGGAAACGGGGAACGACUUGAGGCAUGGGUGUAUUACGCGGCCUGGCGAGCAGGACCCUGUGAUUAGCUCCACCAGCGAAACACAGUUUGUCGAUGCGAUUGGCGGGGCGAGUGUCGCAAAGCAUGGAACAUGCUUCGCUCAGCUCCAAAAAUGGUUGGCGGAUUGUCUCAGAUCAAUCCAAACCUCGGAGACGACCUCGUUGUCCGGAACUCAAUGCCUUCCGGGAAGCGAGACGACAACAUACCACGGGUCCGGUAGCGACAAGCUGGAACCGUGUUCCGUUUCGCCUCAAAAGGAAUUUCAGAUUAAUCCGAACCGCGAAGGCCGUGCCAUCGAGGGAGCACAGCUGUCCACAGAACUCGAACGGGUGGUCCGGGUUUCCGAAAACCCUGGCGACGGAAUUCGGAUUCAUCCGAACCAGGAAGCCGUGUCUGCCAUGACAGACGAUCGGUGUCAGGAUGCAGUAAUGUUGUGCGUGGAAGCCCACAAGGAGCUGCAGGCGGACUGUCGGACUGAGGGUGAGUUGGCGACCAGUUCCAAUGUCGAUCCCAACAGACUCGGAGCCGAGUUAGCAGUUGUAAGCGACUCCCCGGUGAAAGCGGUCAUGUCGGCGUCAUUGGAAACUGCGGGGGCUCGGAUGAAUCCGAACCAGGGCCCUGUGAACAUCUCCCUCCCUGAUGCAUCUUUGGAGACGACCGUGAUUCGGAUUCAUCCGAGGCACACGGACGAAGGACUUCAACUGGCAGGCGUUGAGGGUUGUCGACUACUGACGACUUUGGACAAGGACAAUUCCGCCGAUGACCGGAUUGAUCCGACACUCAAGGACGUCGGGAUGGAGCUACCAGUUCAUCCGGGAUACGACGAUCCCUUGUACUCCGCCCUUCACAACGAGGCGACGGGGGAGGACGAUAUGAAGAAGGCCUCUGACGCUGUUGGAUAUAGAUUUCUCUAUUUGAGUGACGACGACAAAGACACAGCGUACGGGGACUAGAAGUUAAGGGGGGGAGAGGUGUUGUUGGACAUCCAUGGGACAUUGAGCCCAACACA